CUGCUGGGACAGAAAACAGAAAUUGGUCAGCUGAUCAGCUGUGUACCUUCAGACUCCGGUAGGAGAGCGAACAGGGUGGCUGAAGCCAAGUCAGAGCAGAGGACGCGGCGUGACGGACAGAAAGGGAAGGGCAUCAGUUGAGAGCGCACAGAGAUAUUUCGAUCACUUUGUUACAAUAGUGAGUACAACAAUGAGGGAUGACAUGAACGUGCUAUAAAAAGCUGCCACAUAGGCUUUCGAGAAGAAGAGCUGGAGGACACCCAAGGGAAGGAAGCCAAGUUCAACUAUAGCGCAUCUGGAGAAGGUAAGACCCCUGAAUUAAUUGGCAUGUAACCUAACUAACCUACAGUAGCAAUGCAGGGUUUUAAAUUUCUAUUAUAUCUUUCAAAUACAUAGACUGUAGUUUGGCUGUAAUUGUACAUUUUACUAUCUGUUUAAAAUGUGUUUUUCUUUCAGGAGCUAUCAUUACAUUACAGAUGGACUUCCAAUGGCAUUCCUAUGUAGCUAAUGGUCAUCAAUAAAACGUGCUGUGUCAACUCGUCAGCUUUAACAGCUCUGCAAUGAAUAAGCUCUGAGUUGGCCAAAUGAUUGCUGCCAACUUGUCAUACUGAAUAGUUUAUUUCUAGUUUUGAGAGCGAGAGAGAAGAAUAGAGAGAGAGAGAGAGAGAGAGAGAGAGAGAGAGCAUGUGGUAUAGAUACAUUUCAGGAAGGAUACAGCAACCUUGAGUGGUAUAUGAUAGUCUCUUUGAGGAGCCUACUUAUCAGUGCCUGCUUGGACCUUGUACCUCACUUCCAGGACCUCUCUACUUUUUAACGUCUCCUGCCCUUUGUAAUCACAUACAGGGACUAGGCUAUCUACUGUCCUCCGUCGCAAUCACUCUUUCUUUUGAACUGAACUCACAUGCCAGGGGUAUCUAUCUGCACUACUUCUCCAUCUCUCCCCUUCUCCCCCACCCCGUCUCAUCCCUACCACGGACUGUGUAGCCUACGUCUACUGUAUCCAUUUGAGCUCUCUGUUCCUGGUGUUUAUGAUGUAAGAUUGAUUAAUGUGAUCAGACCUGUUUUUACUUGCUGUGUCAGGAGGACGAUGCUCUGUCCCUGUGAUAUGAUAUGACCGCCUAUAAUUGACCUGUUGUUUUGUAUUGUGAUUGAUUUUCUCCAGAGCCACACAGAUCUAUAGAUUAUAUGACUCUGAUUCGCUCUCUGUCUCACACUCAUUCACUCCCACCUGUUUUAUCUCAUUGUUUUGCUCUUCUGAUAGUAUCAGUGUUCUUUUUCUACCUAUUGGUCAAUUUGUCUGUCUACUUCAUUGCUCUCUCUAUCUCUACCAGUCUACUGUUAAGGUUUGCCUCUGUUCUAAUUUUUGGUUUUAUUCAGUGUUCCGGGUUGUUCUAUCAUCCCCUGUCUUGCUCUACUGGCCAAGCACUGUUCGUCCAAUCAGCAUUAUUGUUCAUUACAACACAGUUUCAUUGUCUAUUUAUAUGUUUUUCAAUCAACUCCCUCCCCUAACCUACAGGGAUCCCCAAAACAACUUAUCUUGUACCAGGAAUAGCCAUUAAGUAGCUGGGGCCCCUGCCCUGUCCCCUCUCUCACACAGAGAAGUGUGUGUGUGUGUAUGUGACAAACUGUAGCUAGCCCAGGACCCCUGCCCGGCCCUGUCCCCUCACUCAGAGAGAGCAGGGUUGUUUUGUUCAUGUGCUGUAUGUCCUGACUGAGCAUGUGUGAUAUAAUGCAGCUGGAUGUGCACUAAGCUGCAUUAACACAGCAUGUGUCUAGUCAUUCAAACUCCAUACAUGCUGCUGAAGGUAAUUAACUUUGAAAAACAUGUGAGGCUUCGGUUCAGCAUGCGGUUGACUCCUAGCAACGCUUGGUGUGUGUAUGUGACUGUAGAAUAGUUACAGUAAAAAUACUAAAAAGAUCACAUUGGCACUCAGUGACAGCCGGUAACGAACGUUACAGUGUUAUCAGGCCUGUGUGCCUCUCUCUCUCACUCUGUCAAUACACUUAAGCUUAAAAGUCAAUUUACCGAAACCCCUAAUGGCUCUCAAAUUGCCAUCUGUGAAACCCAGUUCAAUAACCAACAGCGUGUGUGUGUGUGUGUCUGUUAACAUUUGUGAAUUGUUAAGUAUCAUACAAACAAACAUUUAUGUACAAAAAUAAAAAUAACUGACAGUGCCAUUUGAUGACAGCUUGGUUUCCAUGGCAACACCAACACACUCUCUUAUAAGACUUGUAUGUCUCUUUCCUCCACAGAUGUCAGAGGGACCCUCAUAGCUGGGAUACCACUUUACCUCAGCUCUUAUAACCAAUCCUCUCCACCAACUGACUGAUUGACAGCCACCUGGUCCAAUCACUGCUGCUCACUUCCCCACAUCCCCUCUCCAAUCACCAACCUCCACUCCACCACAAUGGCGUCCUACAGCCCCGCCCCCACACAAGCACACGCCACCAACGGCGGGUCACCCUCGCUCAAGUCGGGCAGCUCGGGGGGCGACAACGAUUCCAUGAAGCUGAAGAAGGAGAUCUCUCUCCUGAACGGUGUGUGUCUCAUCGUGGGCAACAUGAUCGGCUCGGGCAUCUUCGUCUCGCCUAAAGGCGUCUUAAUCUAUAGCGCCUCCUACGGGCUGUCACUGGUAGUGUGGACCAUCGGCGGUAUCUUCUCUGUGUUCGGGGCCUUAUGUUAUGCUGAGCUGGGGACCACCAUCACCAAGUCAGGGGCCAGUUAUGCUUACAUCCUGGAGGCCUUCGGAGGGUUCCUGGCCUUCAUCAGGCUGUGGACGUCCCUGUUGAUCAUAGAGCCCACCAGCCAGGCAGUCAUAGCCAUCACCUUCUCCAACUACAUGGUGCAGCCCGUCUUCCCUACCUGCAUAGCACCCUAUCUGGCUAACCGCAUGUUGGCAGCGGCCUGUAUAUGUGAGUAUUUUAUAGUCAUUGUGUAUGGGGGGUUGUUGUUUGUGUGUUGGUGCAAUACUGUUCCACUGUCUCUACUAUGGCUAGGGCCCUGAGUUUUUCCUAACCACUGGAACUGAUCAGGAAAAACUUGGGGCCCCAACCAUAGUAUGGGCAAGGACUUUGCAUACAGACAGUGUGUGUGCGCGUGUGCGUGUGUGUGUUCACAGUCCCAUUUGUGCUAAAUGUGGAUGUAUGGGUUUAUGUGCCUCUCUUUGUGGAAAAAGGGGGGAACAGAAACUACAUGACGGCAUACCCACGUCAGCACCUCAGCAACAGAAGGGAACACUAGAAAGGUUGAAAGAGGAACAGCGAGGGGAGGACAGAGACAACAGACUACAACACGUGCUUCCUGUCUAAAAGACAGAAGAUAGGGGAGAAUCUACUCAACUUUUUAAAACGUCUGUGUGACUUGUCUCAUCUUAUCACAUGACCUGACCAGAUAAAACUGCAAGCAUAGCCCAUGACUCAUGACAAUAGUGUACUGUAAAUUGAUAAUUUAUAAACCAAGGGAGGCAAGGAUGAAAAGAGAUGAGUAAGGUAAUAUGUAGAGAGAGGAGGGGAGGGAGUGUUGAGACAUGGAUAUAGUUCUUACAGAUUAGUAGAAAACUGGACCUCAGCACAACCACUAAUAGUUAUAUUAUUCUUGUGGUCAUUAGUAGGUAAAGUAUAAGACAGACUACUGGAACAGAUCGAUAGAACACAUAGAACAUAAACAACAGGAUGGAACCCUGGGUCAAGUAGACAGAAGUUUGGGACAGAUACAGAAUACCACUACUACAGCAACCAGAUAGAACACUGUUACAAUACUUACUAAAACGGAUAGGCCUGAGAUAAGCCUUCUCCUUCAAGUUCCAAAAAAUUACUCAAGUAAUAAAUAUCACUCAAUCAUCUAAUUACAAUCCCUACACACCAACAUCCACACACACACACAUAGAUAAACAAUGCUUUGAGGACUGUGAAUGUGCUGAUAGCUGCUAGUUAGAAAGGUAAAAGUAAUUUCUACUUCAAGACUCUGACCCCAGGCUAAUGGCUGGGGUCAGUCUUGAAGCAUGGCAGCUCAGCAUGACAAAGAAGUGAACCAUAACCACAGAUCUAGGAUCUGAUUUCUCUGCACCCCAUCCUUACCUUAACCUUCAAGUGUAUGGAAAAAUACCCGAUCCUCUAUCAGUGGUUACAGGCAUUAGGCGACUUCAACAGCCAAUGAGAAGACCAGAAACACCCCCAGGUAGAAAUGAACUAUUACCACAGAUCUAGGAUCAGAUUACCCUACUGUCAACCCCAACCUUAACCAUCAGGCAGAUGGAAAAAUACCUGUAUCAGUGGUUAGGAAUUCUCCGUACACUAUAGGACUGCGCCCAUACAUGGCAGACGUCAAUCUUCCCCUUAUUUUGACAAAGUCUAUGGUCUCCCCUCACAUCUGGUCCAGAUCUAGACGAUCCAAAUGGACCAACCUGAUCUACACCCUCCCACCCUUCUAGCCUUUCACUGUCAAUACAACCACGCCUUGGACAUCUGUGUGGCCAGCUACACUCUGUCAGUCAUCUGUUAGUCCAGAUCACUCACUGUCUCGGGUCUGGGCGGUGUGAUAUGAUAUGUUUAACCUUUUACUGUAGUGGGCAAAAUCAGGGUCACACACAGUGUUUCUUAGUAGUCUUAAACACAUCUACUUUGAAACAAAAGUCUACACCUCACAUACAGUACAUGGUUAUGGGCUUAACAGAAAGAAGACACCUGUACCAUGUCAGAUAUAGAGUUGAAAUGUAUUACAUUUUGUGUUUGCAUCCCAAUAUUACACUUUGUAUACAUCACAGAAGACUGAAAUACACUACAUGACCAAAAUGUGGACACCUGCUUGUCAAACAUCUCAUUCCAAAAUCAUGGGCAUUAAUAUGGAGUUGUCCCCCCCCCUUGGGAGAUGGUGUUAUGGUUCUCAUGCUGAAACAGGAAAGGGCCUUCCCCAAACUGUUGCCACAAAGUUGGAAGCACAGAAUUGUCUACAAUGUCAUUGUAUGCUGUAGUGUUAAGAUUUCCAUUCACUGGAACUAAGGGGCCUAGGCCGAACCAUGAAAAACAGCCCUAGACCGUUAUUCCUCCUCCACCAAACAUUACAGUCGUCACUAUGCAUUGGGGCAGGUAGCGUUCUCCUGUCAUCCGCCAAAUCCAGAUUUGUCCGUCGGACUGCUAGAUGGUGAAGCUUGAUUCGUCAUUCCGGAGAACACGUUUCCACUGCUCCAGAGUCCAAUGGCGGCGAGCUUUACACCACUCCAGCCGACGCUUGGCAUUGCGCAUGGUGAACUUAGGCUUGUGUGCGGCUGCUCGGCCAUGGAGCUCCCGACGAACAGUUCUUGUGCUGACGUUGCUUCCAGAGGCAGUUUGGAACUCGGUAGUGAGUGUUGCAACCAAGGACAGACAAUUUCUACGCGCUACAGCACUUCAGCACUCGUCGUCCCGUUCUGUGAGCAUUUGUGGCCUACCACUUUGCUUCACAAUAACAGCACUUACAGUUGACCGGGGCAGCUCUAGCAGGGCAGAAAUUUGACAAACUGACUUGUUGGAAAGGUGGCAUCCUAUGACGGUGCCACGUUGAAAGUCACUUAGCUCUUCAGGAAUACAAUUCUACUGCCAAUGUUUGUCUAUGGAAAUUGCAUGGCUGUGUGCUUGAUUUUAUACACCUGUCAGCAAUGGGUGUGGCUGAAAUAGCCAAAUCCACUCAUUUGAAGGAGUGUCCACAUACUUUUGUAUAUAUAGCGUAUAACAAAACCGUUUGACAUAGAAACACCGGAUUUUCAGCAGUUUCUUUUGAAAUAUUGUUUAUUAAUUAUGAGAUUAUGAAAAAUAUUAAUACAUUCCACCCAUGAGACCACUAGAAGGCGAUUUGGUCAUUUGACUGCAGGAAAGCUAAGGAGACCUAUUGAUAGGAGACUGUUUUGGUCUAUGUCUUCAUGUCUCUUCAUGCCUCAUUUGGGGGAGGAAGGGUGGGAUGGUGUUAUGGUUCUCCAGUCAUUUGGGGGAGGAAGGGGGAGAUGGUGUUAUGGUUCUCCAGUCGUUUGGGGGAGGAAGGGGGAGAUGGUGUUAUGGUUCUCCCGUCAUUUGGGGGAGGAAGGGGGAGAUGGUGUUAUGGUUCUCCGGUCAUUUGGGGGAGGAAGGGGGAGAUGGUGUUAUGGUUUUCCAGUCAUUUGGGGGAGGAAGGGGGAGAUGGUGUUAUGGUUCUCCGGUCAUUUGGGGGAGGAAGGGGAAGAUGGUGUUAUGGUUCUCCGGUCAUUUGGGGGAGGAAGGGGGAGAUGGUGUUAUGGUUCUCCGGUCAUUUGGGGGAGGAAGAGGGAGAUGGUGUUAUGGUUCUCCAGUCAUUUGGGGGAGGAAGGGGGAGAUGGUGUUAUGGUUCUCCAGUCAUUUGGGGGAGGAAGGGGGAGAUGGUGUUAUGGUUCUCCAGUCGUUUGGGGGAGGAAGGGGGAGAUGGUGUUAUGGUUCUCCCGUCAUUUGGGGGAGGAAGGGGGAGAUGGUGUUAUGGUUCUCCGGUCAUUUGGGGGAGGAAGGGGGAGAUGGUGUUAUGGUUUUCCAGUCAUUUGGGGGAGGAAGGGGGAGAUGGUGUUAUGGUUCUCCGGUCAUUUGGGGGAGGAAGGGGAAGAUGGUGUUAUGGUUCUCCGGUCAUUUGGGGGAGGAAGGGGGAGAUGGUGUUAUGGUUCUCCGGUCAUUUGGGGGAGGAAGAGGGAGAUGGUGUUAUGGUUCUCCAGUCAUUUGGGGGAGGAAGGGGGAGAUGGUAUUAUGGUUCUCCAGUCAUUUGGGGGAGGAAGGGGGAGAUGGUGUUAUGGUUCUCCCGUCAUUUGGGGGAGGAAGGGGGAGAUGGUGUUAUGGUUCUCCAGUCAUUUGGGGGAGGAAGGGGGAGAUGGUGUUAUGGUUCUCCAGUCGUUUGGGGGAGGAAGGGGAGAUGGUGUUAUGGUUCUCCAGUCAUUUGGGGGAGGAAGGGGGAGAUGGUGUUAUGGUUCUCCAGUCAUUUGGGGGAGGAAGGGGGAGAUGGUGUUAUGGUUCUCCAGUCAUUUGGGGGAGGAAGGGGGAGAUGGUGUUAUGGUUCUCCAGUCGUUUGGGGGAGGAAGGGGGAGAUGGUGUUAUGGUUCUCCAGUCAUUUGGGGGAGGAAGGGGGAGAUGGUGUUAUGGUUCUCCAGUCAUUUAGGGGAGGAAGGGGGAGAUGGUGUUAUGGUUCUCCAGUCAUUUAGGGGAGGAAGGGGGAGAUGGUGUUAUGGUUCUCCAUUCAUUUGGGGGAGGAAGGGGGAGAUGGUGUUAUGGUUCUCCAGUCAUUUGGGGGAGGAAGGGGGAGAUGGUGUUAUGGUUCUCCAGUCAUUUGGGGGAGGAAGGGGGAGAUGGUGUUAUGGUUCUCCAGUCAUUUGGGGGAGGAAGGGGGAGAUGGUGUUAUGGUUCUCCGGUCAUUUGGGGGAGGAAGGGGGAGGUGGUGUUAUGGUUCUCCAGUCAUUUGGGGGAGGAAGGGGGAGAUGGUGUUAUAGUUCUCCCGUCAUUUGGGGGAGGAAGGGGGAGAUGGUGUUAUGGUUCUCCAGUCAUUUAGGGGAGGAAGGGGGAGAUGGUGUUAUGGUUCUCCAGUCGUUUGGGGGAGGAUGGGGAGAUGGUGUUAUGGUUCUCCAGUCAUUUCGGGGAGGAAGGGGAAGAUGGUGUUAUGGUUCUCCAGUCAUUUGGGGGAGGAAGGGGGAGAUGGUGUUAUGGUUCUCCAGUCAUUUGGGGGAGGAAGGGGGAGAUGGUGUUAUGGUUCUCCAGUCGUUUGGGGGAGGAAGGGGAGAUGGUGUUAUGAUCAAUGAUGUACAUAGGCCUAUAUGCGCAUAUGUAGGGUUACGAUUAGGGCCCUGACCACGUAACUACACUAGGAAAACCUCAGGGCCCUGACCACGUAACUACACUAGGAAAACCUCAGGGCCCUGACCACGUAACUACAUGGGAGAUGGUGUUAUGGUUCUCCAGAUGUGUUUAUAGCUGUAUAUGUGUGUCAGCUGAAGUUUAUUUUUUACCAUGAACAUGCACUUGAGUUAAUCAUUUAAGCAAACACUGUAUGGUAGAUGACAUUAUGGCUGCUUUUCAUUAAUGCAUGAAAAUAUUGCUGAGGAGCAUUUUGAGUAUAUCAGAGGCUCACUAAACAUGAUGUAGUGUGUGAGAUAUAUAGUGUGCGUCUAAAAUGGCACCCUAUUCCCUAUGUAGUACAAUAAUUUUAAUCAGACCCGGGCUCUGGUCAAAAGUAGUGUACUACAUAGGGAAUAGGGUGCCAUUUGGGAUGCAGCCAUAUUGAAAGGAGGGAUACAUUGAAUACAUAUUCAAUCUCAGUGAAUGGGAGGACAGUAAUGAUUCAGACUGGACCAUCCUAUGACUAUAUCUCCAUGUAGGUUUAUGAACUUGAAGGAACAAACACUGAUAAGGAGAGAGAGAGAGAGAGAGAGAUAAGGUGAACUGGAAAACAUGUUUUCUUAAAACUGGGGGAGCAGUGUACUACAAGGACAAAGUUAGGAACUCAGUCUGUAUCUGUCAGUUGGUCGAUUGGUCAGUCAGUGUGUCAGUCAGUCAGUGUGUCAGUCAGUCAGCCAGUCUGUAUUUGUCAGUAAGCUAGUCAGUCAGCCAGUCUGUAUUUGUCAGUAAGCUAGUCAGUCUGUAUUUGUCAGUAAGCUAGUCAGUCAGCCAGUCUGUAUUUGUCAGUAAGCUAGUCAGUCAGCCAGUCUGUAUUUGUCAGUAAGCUAGUCAGUCAGCCAGUCUGUAUUUGUCAGUAAGCUAGUCAGUCAGCCAGUCUGUAUUUGUCAGUAAGCUAGUCAGUCCAGCCAGUCUGUAUUGUCAGUAAGCUUGUCAGUCAGUCAGCCCAGUCUGUAUUUGUCAGUAAGCUAGUCAGUCAGCCAGUCUGUAUUUGUCAGUAAGCUAGUCAGUCAGUCAGCCAGUCUGUAUUUGUCAGUAAGCUUGUCAGUCAGUCAGCCAGUCUGCAUUUGUCAGUAAGCUUGUCAGUCAGCCAGUCUGUAUCUGUCGGUAAGCUAGUCAGAAGGUCAGCCAGUCUGUAUUUGUCGGUCAGUCAGCCAGGAAGCUAGACAGUCAGUCAGUAUGUUAGUAUUUUGACUAAUGUUUUGUAGAGGUCUUUAAAUAACCUCAAGGAGUGCACUUUAUCUGUCUGCUCCCCCCCCCCUUUCUUUUUUUCUUCCUCCUCUCUACAUGUCUCUCUCUAUGUGCUGCACUCUGCUCUUUCUCUCAGAGGAAAACAACUGUUUGGACUGCUGCAGUCAGCAGCCUCAUUUCCUCAAGCUACGCAUACUCUAAAACUAGAACACACGCACACACGUCAGCGUAGUGGCCAAUCAGAGUCCAGACUUGCUCAUCCACAGGGCAUUCUGACUCUCAGGGAACCCCUUAUGUAGAUAGAUAAGCCUAUACUGAGGUAAAAUGAUGUUGCUAUAGUAGACAGCCACACAAUGCACUGUGUGUGUGUGUGUGUGUGUGUGUGUCUGAGUGUGUGUGUGUUUGUCUCUCUUUCUCUCACUCUGCAGUAACAUGUAGAUCUAAAUGUCUGUGUUUCCCCCACAGGUUUGCUGACCUUUGUGAACUGUGCCUAUGUGAAGUGGGGGACGCGUGUUCAGGACUUCUUCACCUAUGCUAAGGUCAUCGCUCUCAUCGCUGUCAUCAUCACCGGCCUGGUCAAGAUAGGCCAAGGUACCGAUGCCAGGAUGUUUCACACGCAAUACAAAUAAUAAAUCGUACAAAUAUUCACCCAUCCAUCCACUAUACGGAACAUUCACAGACACAUAUAUGCACACUGAACACUCUGACAUGUUCCUUCGCAUACAUUUAUUUGACAUACCUUACAUACAGUGGGGGAAAAAAGUAUUUAGUCAGCCACCAAUUGUGCAAGUUCUCCCACUUAAAAAGAUGAGAGAGGCCUGUAAUUUUCAUCAUAGGUACACGUCAACUAUGAUAGACAAAUUGAGAAAAAAAAAUCCAGAAAAUCACAUUGUAGGAUUUUCUAUGAAUUUAUUUGCAAAUUAUGGUGGAAAAUAAGUAUUUGGUCACCUAGAAACAAGCAAAAUUUCUGGCUCUCACAGACCUGUAACUUCUUCUUUAAGAGGCUCCUCUGUCCUCCACUCGUUACCUGUAUUAAUGGCACCUCUUUGAACUUGUUAUCAGUAUAAAAGACACCUGUCCACAACCUCAAACAGUCACACUCCAAACUCCACUAUGGCCAAGACCAAAGAGCUGUCAAAGGACACCAGAAACAAAAUUGUAGACCUGCACCAGGCUGGGAAGACUGAAUCUGCAAUAGGUAAGCAGCUUGGUUUGAAGAAAUCAACUGUGGGAGCAAUUAUUAGGAAAUGGAAGACAUACAAGACCACUGAUAAUCUCCCUCGAUCUGGGGCUCCACGCAAGAUCUCACCCCGUGGGGUCAAAAUGAUCACAAGAACGGUGAGCAAAAAUCCCAGAACCACACGGGGGGACCUAGUGAAUGACCUGCAGAGAGCUGGGACCAAAGUAACAAAGCCUACCAUCAGUAACACACUACGCCGCCAGGGACUCAAAUCCUGCAGUGCCAGACGUGUCCCCCUGCUUAAGCCAGUACAUGUCCAGGCCCGUCUGAAGUUUGCUAGAGUGCAUUUGGAUGAUCCAGAAGAGGACUGGGAGAAUGUCAUAUGGUCAGAUGAAACCAAAAUAUAACUUUUUGGUAAAAACUAAACUCGUCGUGUUUGGAGGACAAAGAAUGCUGAGUUGCAUCCAAAGAACACCAUACCUACUGUGAAGCAUGGGGGUGGAAACAUCAUGCUUUGGUGCUGUUUUUCUGCAAAGGGACCAGGACGACUGAUCCGUGUAAAGGAAAGAAUGAAUGGGGCCAUGUAUCGUGAGAUUCUGAGUGAAAACCUCCUUACAUCAGCAAGGGCAUUGAAGAUGAAACGUGGCUGGGUCUUUCAGCAUGACAAUGAUCCCAAACACACCGCCCGGGCAACGAAGGAGUGGCUUCGUAAGAAGCAUUUCAAGGUCCUGGAGUGGCCUAGCCAGUCUCCAGAUCUCAACCCCAUAGAAAAUCUUUGGAGGGAGUUGAAAGUCCGUGUUGCCCAGCGACAGCUCCAAAACAUCACUGCUCUAGAGGAGAUCUGCAUGGAGGAAUGGGCCAAAAUACCAGCAACAGUGUGUGAAAACUUUGUGAAGACUUACAGAAAACGUUUGACCUGUGUCAUUGCCAACAAAGGGUAUAUAACAAAGUAUUGAGAAACUUUUGUUAUUGACCAAAUACUUACUUUCCACCAUCAUUUGCAAAUAAAUUCAUUAAAAAUCCUACAAUGUGAUUAUCUGGAUUAUUUUUUCUCAUUUUGUCUGUCAUAGUUGACGUGUACCUAUGACGAAAAUUACAGGCCUCUCUCAUCUUUUUAAGUGGGAGAACUUGCACAAUUGGUGGCUGACUAAAUACUUUUUUCCCCCACUGUAUUUAUGUUAUAUUGACAUACAUUAAUUUGCAGCAGUUAGUGUAUGCAUUUAUGUACAUGUUAUAAUACAGGAUCAUGUGUGUGUUCCUCAGGUCAGACACAGAACUUUGAGGGCAUGUUUGAGGGCUCGACGACGGAUCCAGGAGACAUAGCUCUGGCCCUUUACUCUGCUCUGUUCUCUUACUCUGGAUGGGACACACUCAACUUCGUCACUGAGGAGAUCAAAAACCCAGAGAGGUUAGGGGGAAAAAGAGGGAGGGCAUGAUAAAGGUACCAGUGGGCAAAGGGUUAACUCUCUGUAAGGAAUAAGGAGUAGUGACGGAGUAGAGGACAGGUAGCAAUGAGAGUAUAGUGAAUGGAUGCUUAGAGAUAUGGAAGGAGUAAAGGCAGUGUUGGAAAAAGUACCCAACUGUCAUACUUGAGUAAAAGUAAAGAUACCUUAAUAGAAAAUGACUCAAGUGAAAGUCACCCAGUAAAAUACUACUUGAGUAAAAGUCUAAAAGUAUUUGGUUUUAAAUAUACUUAAGUAUCAAAAGUAAAUGUUAUUGCAAAAAUAUACUUAAGUAUCAAAAGGAAAAGUAUAAAUCAUUUCUAAAUGCUUAUAUUAAGCAAACCAGAAGGCACAAUUUUCUUGUUCUUUUUAUUUACGGAUAGCCAGGGGAACACUACAACACGCAGACAUAAUUUACAAAUGAAACAUGUGUUUAGUGAUUCCGCCAGAUCAGAGGCAGUAGGGAUGACCAGGGAUGUUCUCUUGAUAAGUGUGUGAAUUGGACCAUUUUCCUGACCUGCUAAGCAUUGAAAAUGUAACUAAUACUUUUUGGGGUCAGGGAAAAUGUAUGGAGUAAAAAGUACAUACUUUUUUAGUGAAGUAAAAGUUGUCAAAAAUAUGUAUAGUAAAGAAAAGUACAGAUACCCCAAAAAAACGACUUAAGUAGUACUUGAACGUUUUUUACUUAAGUAUUUUACACCACUGAGUAAAGGGAUGAGAGGGCAUAGGUGUAGAAUGAAGGGAAGACUUGAGACAGGAUGCGAGUAUAAUAAGGAGAGGGGUAGAAGUAUGUAGGAAUAUAUGGAGUGGUUGUGAUUAGUAGAGAAGGUAAAGUAAUAGUGAUUGAUGUGGCAAGGAUGGGGGGUAUGGAGAGGGAUAACAUACUGACUGAAUGGGUAGUCAGAUGUUUUAGGCGGGGGAAGGCGAGUGGCUCCUCUCCUCCCGAGGGAAGGAUUUUUCUGAGCCCUUGGCUCUGAUUCACACACCUAAACGCUGAUGAAAUAGAGCAAGACAGACGUGAUUGGUUCACAAGCUACUUCCAGGAGUUCUCAGGCAGAUUAUGUGACAAGCACACCCCACCUCCUCCCUCUGCUCCUCCCCCUGCUCCUCCACCUCAACUCUUGACCCGUUAACUCAUGGAGAAUCCCGGAUGUAUCCGAGACACUGAACUGUUUUCAUACUUGCCUUGUUGUUUUCUAAAUCUAAGUGUCUCUCUGUCUCUCCCUGGUGUUUGUUUGUGUGAACUACAGGAACCUGCCCCUGGCCAUCGCCAUCUCCAUGCCCAUCGUCACGGUGAUCUAUAUUCUGACCAACGUUGCCUACUACACUGUGCUGCCCAUUCCUGCCAUCCUGGACAGUGACGCUGUGGCUGUGGUAAGUUCACUUCUGAUAGAAAUAUGAUUCCCUAUCCUGAUCUACAUGACAGCAUAAAGUCUGUUCUAUACUGUAUGUCAGAUGUAUACAAUUCUAUCUGCAGCAUCAUCCCAUUGAAUAAGCCCUAAAUUACUUUGUCAUAGGAUGUACUGUAAGUGUUUUGAAUUGGUCUAAUAUAAGAUCUGUUUUUAUUCCCCCAGACGUUUGCAGACCAGGUGUUUGGAGUGAUGAACUGGACCAUCCCUCUGGCGGUGGCUCUCUCCUGCUUCGGAGGACUCAACGCUUCUAUCCUGGCUGCCUCCAGGUGAAUUAGAAUGACAUUACUGAUACUACUCUUAACUGUCAUUAUCCCCUCCAUCAUCCUUACUGUUAUCACUGAUCCUCUCCUCCUUAUUGACCAACACACGAUAACCCUGCGUGUGUAGCUGGUGCAGUGAGGUGGGUGUGACAAGUGUGUGGGUGUUCCUGCAGGCUGUUCUUCGUGGGCUCCAGGGAGGGCCAUCUCCCAGACUACCUCUGCAUGAUCCACGUCACCCGCUACACCCCCAUCCCCGCACUGCUCUUCAACGUCAGUCAUCCCGCAAAACCACUGUCUCUCUCUGUGUGGGUGGGGGUGUGGGUGUCUGUCUGUGUUGAACAAUGUACAUUUCCAUUGUCUUAUGAGUCGUUUUCAUUGUUCAGUUUUGUAUUUGUCCGAGUUCUGUGUCAACGUUCUGUUUCUGCGUCUACCAAACAUUCGGACCCCAUUGUUAUGUCUGCCUCAGGGUUCCGUCUGUCCCAGAAAUGUGUCUGCCUGUCUCAGCAUUCCUUUAUUUUAACCCAGUGUUCUGUCUGCCUUACAGUUCCGUCUGUCUGCCUUCUCAGCAUACUUUUUGUCUGUUUAUCCCUGUAGUGUUUUCUCUCCCUCUUUCUACAGUUUCUAUGAAAUAUAGAGUUUCUAUCAGCAUGUACAGUAUAUUGACAUAGUGCUGUUGCUCCAUAUUAAAGGGUGCCAUGGCUCUAGUCUACCUGUGUGUGGAGGACAUCUUUAAACUGAUCAACUACUACAGCUUCAGUUACUGGUUCUUUGUGGGCCUGUCUAUCCUGGGACAGCUGUACCUGCGCUGGAAACAGCCAGACAGAGUCAGACCCCUCAAGGUAACACAAUCGUCCACAUCUUUAACACCAAUAGACUCAACACAAAACACUGUAGCCUAUAGACACAUUCAAAAUGCAAACUUCCCAUUGGUGUUGUAAUGUCUGAAACGUUCAUACUGAAACUCACAAUACAGUUUUGAAUGUAGGAUUUCUUUCACUGUUUGACGUCAAUACCGUUUGAUAGUUGUGACAUAACUCUUCUUCUCUCCCUCUCUCUCCGUCUUUCCCUCUCUCAGCUCAGUCUGUUCUUCCCGAUCAUCUUCUGUUUCUGCACUGUGUUCCUAGUGGUGGUUCCCAUCUACAGUGACACUAUCAACUCUCUGAUUGGCAUCGGUAUCGCCCUAUCAGGGGUCCCCGUCUACUUCCUGUGUAUCUACACUCCCGCUACCAAAAGGCCCAUGUGGCUCCGCAGGUUCUUUGGUAAGAAUCAGAUUGUUUGAGUUUAGGAUAGGGUUGCAAAAAUCUGGUGACUUUCCCCAAAUUCCCAGGGUUUCUGGAAAAUCCUGGGGAAUCUACCAAACCAGGAUUUCUGGAAAACCUGGGAACUUUGGGGAAAUUACUGGAAUUUUACGACCCUAGUUUGGCAUGACAUGAGUUGCGAGUAGGUAGGUAUAUUAUUUUGUACGCCUAGAAAAAAUAAUCUACAUUCUUCAACCAAACUGCACUUCUCAUGCUAUUGCUAGUGUCAGUACAUUAAUGAUAGUAUUUAAUGGGUAGAUCUCUCAUCCUCUCUCUCUCUUUCCCUCUAGCCAACUUUGGUCUGUUGAUUCAGAAGGUGUGCUAUUCUGUUGUGACUGAGUUGGAUGUCAUAGAAAAGUUGGAGUGAAGGACGCACAAAACACCUCCUGGCCAUUAUCUCCCUCAGCCACAGGCUGCAAAUCAGAUGGCUGAUUCAAACGGCAGCCAUUCAUUGGAUCAUAUCUCUGGCCAACCAAUCAUCACCAUGAUGUGUUAAUGUUCAUUGGACGAUGGGGUCGUUCUACGGCCAGGGUGACACUCCAGUUGCCUCUGACAUCACAGAGGACGUUCCACAUACACACACUCCAGAAGAAUCAAUACUAAACCAUUCCUGUGCCUUAAUGUUUUACUCAAAUACUGAUAUUUAUGAUCUUUCCAUGUAGGCGGCGUUUGCACAGGCAGCCCAAUUCUGAUCUUUUUCCACUAAUUGGUCUUUUGACCAAUCAGAUCAGCUCUU